CCCUUCUUCUUUCUUCAUUCUUUGGCCGCAGCUGCCAUCCCAACUUUCUACAGUCGCCGGCGACAAGUUUCUUCUCCCUCUCUCUCCUUUUUCUCUUCUUUUCCUUUCCCUUUUUCUGCCUCACACCGCUGCGGCCGGCGGAAGGGAAUCUCUCAUUCACUCUCCGUCUCUUCCUCUCUUCUCUCUCUAGCAGCCUCCAAACUCUCUCUCUUUUUUUUUUCUUUUAUUGUAAUUUUUUCUGGUUUUUUUUCACUGGAUUUUUGUGAAAUUUUAAUGGGAACGCAAAGCUUGUUUUAUGGGCUUUGCUCAAAAUCAGUAAUCCCAUCACCAAAAAACCCGCGAAAUUCAUUAUCUUCAUCACCACCUUCUCAUUCUUAUCCUUCUUGCUUCAUUAAAUUGAAAUAUCGGGUCUCUUUUAGACCCCAAUGUUCCCCAGCUUCACAAAGGUUAAGGUCUCUAAGCAGGUUAGAGUGUAAAAACAGUGUAGAAAAAGUAAGCAAUGUCGUUUCUGAGAAGGAAGAUUCAACAACAUUGAUUAAGCGGAAAAGGCUGGCAGUUUUUGUCUCUGGUGGAGGCUCAAAUUUCAGGUCAAUUCAUCAAGCAUGCGUUGAGGGCUCUGUCAAUGGAGAUGUUGUUGUUCUGGUCUCUAAUAAACAAGCUUGUGGAGGUGCGCAAUAUGCCAGAGAUAAAAACAUCCCAGUUAUUUUGUUCCCAAAAACAAAAGAUGAACCCGAUGCUCUGUCUCCAGAUGACCUUGUUAAUGUUCUUAGGAGAUUCGAGGUUGACUUUAUUCUUCUGGCUGGAUAUUUGAAACUUAUACCCGUGGAGUUGAUUCGAGCUUAUCCCAGAUCAAUAUUUAACAUCCAUCCAUCUCUUCUUCCAGCUUUUGGGGGCAAAGGCUAUUAUGGUAUGAAAGUGCAUAAAGCAGUUAUAGCUUCUGGAGCAAGAUACUCUGGUCCAACGAUACAUUUCGUGGAUGAGCAUUAUGAUACGGGUCGGAUACUUGCACAAAGAGUUGUCCCUGUGCUUGCCAAUGACACUGCAGAAGAGCUAGCUGCUAGGGUUCUUCGAGAGGAGCAUAAACUAUACGUGGAGGUCACAUCUGCUUUAUGCGAAGACCGGAUAGUUUGGAGAGAAGACGGUGUCCCUCUCAUUCGAAGCAAAGUAAACCCCAAAGAAUACUACUAACAGGAUAAUAUCAAUAGCUGCUUAUCAUGUUUCAGGACGGGUAAUUCCUGUUCUUUUUUCUUCUGAACCUAAAACUAGAAACCUUCCCGUUACAUUACUGAAGAGCCUUGCAUUGCAUCUGGUAACUGCUAAGUGAGUGUGGCAUGUAUCAGGAUCUUUAAGCGUUCUUCAAGAUGGGCGGAAGUUCUUGUUUAUUUGCUCAGAAGUUGUUGUUCUUUAGCAAAUGUAAUAGAAUUCAGGUUUUUGGAAAAUAGAACUUGUCUGAGGCAAUAUUACAUUUUAUUUACUGGUAAUAAAUAGAGCGUUUAAAUU